CUUGCGCAGCGGACGCGCGGUUUGGCCCUGGACGGACGCCGUAGCCGAGAGGCUGGGCGGAUGUUGUGAGCCGGGGCGCCGCGGCUGGAGCUGGGGGACCACUGGCUGCCCACAAGACAUGAAGGAUGGCGUUCAAAGGGGCUGGCGUGUCUUUCUCCCGCAAGAGCUACAGGCUGACCUCAGAUGCUGAGAAAUCCAGGGUCACAGGCAUCGUGCAGGAGAAGCUACUGAAUGACUACCUGCACCGCAUCUUUUCCUCCCCUGACCAUGCACCCACUGCAGCCACCAGCAGGAAAUCCCUGAACUUCCAGAACCUACCAGAGCAUUUGGACCAGCUGUUACAUGUGGACAAUGAGGAUGAGGAGAACCAGGGACAGGUUGAAGGGCGGCUUGGCCCGUCCACUGUGGUCCUCGACCACACGAGUGGCUUUGAGGGGCUUCUUCUGGUGGAUGAUGACCUCCUGGGGGUGAUUGGACACAGCAACUUUGGUACUAUCCGCUCUACCACAUGCGUGUACAAAGGGAAAUGGGUCUACGAGGUACUUAUCUCCUCCCAGGGGCUCAUGCAGAUCGGCUGGUGCACUAUCAACUGCCGCUUCAAUCAGGAGGAGGGGGUUGGAGAUACACACAACUCCUAUGCUUAUGAUGGCAACCGGGUACGCAAGUGGAACGUGACCACGACGAAUUAUGGCAAGGCAUGGGCAGCGGGGGACAUCGUGAGCUGCCUGAUUGACCUGGACGAUGGCACUCUGUCCUUCUGCCUGAAUGGCGUGUCGCUGGGUACCGCCUUUGAGAACUUUUCCCGGGGCCUGGGCAUGGCCUACUUCCCAGCCAUCAGCCUCUCCUUCAAGGAGUCCGUGGCCUUCAACUUUGGCAGCCGUCCUCUGCGCUACCCAGUGACGGGCUACCGGCCCCUGCAGGACCCGCCGCGUGCUGACCUGGUGCGGGCACAGAAGUUGCUGGGCUGCUUCCAGGCAGUGCUCAGUGUGGAGCUGGACCCCGUGGAAGGGCGGCUGGUAGAAAAGGAAAGCUCCCACUGGCAGUUGCAGGGCCAGCCCACCGUCCUCCUCACACUGACCCACAUCUUCCAUCGCUUCGCACCGCUCCUGCGCAAGGUGUACCUGGUGGAGGCUGUGCUCAUGAACUUCCUGCUGGGCAUCGUGGAGGUGGGCACCCCGACGAAGGCACAGUCUGUGGUGCGCCAGGUCCUGGACCUCCUGUGGCUCUUUAUGGAGGACUACGAGGUACAGGAUUGCCUCAAGCAGUUGAUGAUGUCCCUGCUGCGGCUGUACCGGUUCUCACCCAUUGUCCCAGACCUAGGCCUACAGAUCCACCACCUGCGGCUCACCGUCGCCAUCCUGAAGCAUGAGAAGUCCCGCAAGUUUCUGCUUAGCAAUGUCCUCUUUGAUGUGCUCCGGUCUGUUGUCUUCUUUUACAUCAAGAGCCCCCUGCGUGUGGAGGAGGCCGGCCUACAGGAGCUCAUUCCCACCACCUGGUGGCCCCACCGCUCCUGCAGGGAGGGCAAAGAGAGUAAGGACGUGAAGGAUGAGAGCCCCGAGGAGCGGCUACGGCGGCGUGCCUAUGAACGGGGCUGCCAGAGGCUGAAGAAGCGCAUUGAAGUGGUGGAAGAACUUCAAGUCCAGAUCCUGAAGCUGCUGUUGAACAAUAAAGAUGACAAUGGGGGUGAAGCUUCUAGGUACAUCUUCCUAACCAAGUUCCGAAAGUUUCUGCAGGAGAAUGCCAGCGGCCGGGGGAACAUGCCCAUGCUCUGCCCCCCUGAGUACAUGGUCUGCUUCUUACACCGGUUGAUCUCUGCCCUACGCUACUAUUGGGAUGAAUACAAGGCUUCAAACUGCCGUGCCUCCUUCAGUGAGGAGGCCUACAUCCCGCCCCAGAUCUUCUAUAAUGGGAAGGUGGACUACUUUGACCUGCAGCGCCUUGGAGGCCUCCUCUCACACCUUCGGAAAACCCUCAAAGAUGACCUUGCCUCCAGGGCCAAUAUCCUGAUCGACCCAUUGGAGCUCCAGGCAGCCACCAUGGAUGACCUGGACGAGGAUGAGGAGCCAGCCUCAGCUGCGGCUGCGGCUCCACCACAGCGCCCCAUGCAGGCCCUGGCUGUGGGGGGCGCACUGCCCCUGCCUCGGCCCGGCUGGCUCAGUUCUCCAACCCUGGGCCGAGCCAACCGCUUCCUCAGCACAGCAGCUGUGAGCCUGAUGACCCCACGGCGGCCUUUGAGCACCUCGGAGAAAGUGAAGGUCCGCACACUGAGCGCAGAGCAGAGGACCCGUGAGGACAUUGAGGGCAACCACUGGAAUGAAGGCCUGCUGCUGGGGAGGCCUCCCGAGGAGCCUGAGCAGCCCCUUACCGAAAACUCCCUGCUGGAAGUCCUAGACGGCGUCGUCAUCAUGUAUAAUCUCAGCGUUCACCAGCAGCUGGGCAAGAUGGUGGGUGUGUCCGAUGAUGUCAAUGAGUAUGCGAUGGCUCUGAGGGACACAGAGGAUAAGCUUCACCGGUGCCCCAAGUGGAGGAAGGACAUCCUUGCGGAGUUGACCAAGAGCCAGAAGGUUUUCUCGGAAAAGCUGGACCACCUGAGUCGCCGUCUUGCCUGGGUCCAUGCCACGGUCUACUCUCAGGAGAAGAUGCUGGACAUCUACUGGCUGCUGCGCGUCUGCCUGCGGACCAUCGAGCAUGGUGACCGCACAGGUCCUCUCUUUGCCUUCAUGCCUGAGUUCUACCUGAGUGUGGCCAUCAAUAGCUACAGCGCUCUCAAGAAUUACUUUGGCCCUGUGCACAGCAUGGAGGAGCUCCCAGGCUAUGAAGAGACCCUGACCCGCCUGGCUGCCAUCCUUGCCAAACACUUUGCUGACACACGCAUCGUGGGCACUGACAUCCGUGACUCACUGAUGCAGGCCCUGGCCAGCUACGUGUGCUACCCACACUCCCUGCGGGCUGUUGAGCGGAUUCCUGAGGAACAGCGCAUCGCCAUGGUGAGGAGCCUCCUGGCUCCCUAUGAGCAACGGCCCUGGGCCCAGACCAACUGGAUCUUGGUGCGGCUCUGGAGGGGCUGUGGGUUUGGGUACCGCUAUACACGGCUGCCACACCUGCUGAAAACCAAACCUGAGGAUGCCAAUUUGCCCAGCCUCCAGAAGCCGUGCCCUUCCACCCUACUGCAGCAGCACAUGGCAGACCUGCUGCGGCAGGGUCCUGACGUGGCUCCCAGCUUCCUCAACAGCGUCCUCAACCAGCUUAAUUGGGCCUUCUCUGAAUUCAUCGGCAUGAUCCAGGAGAUCCAGCAGGCUGCUGAACGCCUGGAGCGGAACUUUGUGGACAGUCGGCAGCUCAAGGUAUGUGCCACCUGCUUUGACCUCUCGGUCAGCCUGCUGCGUGUCUUGGAGAUGACCAUCACACUGGUGCCUGAGAUAUUCCUUGACUGGGCCCGGCCUACCUCUGAGAUGCUGCUGCAGCGUCUGGCACAGCUGCUGAACCAGGUGCUGAACCGGGUGACGGCUGAGAGGAACCUGUUUGACCGCGUGGUCACCCUGCGGCUGCCUGGCCUGGAGAGUGUGGACCACUACCCUAUUCUGGUGGCAGUGACAGGCAUCCUGGUGCGGCUCCUAGUGCAUGGCCCAGCCUCAGGGAAAGAGAGAGCCACAUCAGUGCUCCUGGCUGAUCCCUGCUUCCAGCUCCGCUCUAUAUGCUAUCUCCUGGGGCAGCCAGAGCCCCCUGCCCCUGGUACAGCCCUGCCUGCCCCUGACCGGAAGCGCUUCUCCCUACAGAGCUACACAGAUUACAUCAGUGUUGAGGAGCUGGCCCAGGUGGAACAGAUGCUGGCACACCUGACCUCUGCAUCUGCCCAGGCAGCUGCUGCCUCCCUGGUGAGUGGGGCCAGGUCCACACCACCCGAAUACACUUCAGCACAACUGUGUGCACACUACCUAGGCAUAGUCUAUGUCCACGUGUCUAAGCCUCCAACCCCAGCCCACUCUGCACUCUGCUCCCUGCAGCCCACCAGUGAGGAAGACCUGUGCCCCAUCUGCUAUGCUCAUCCCAUUUCUGCUGUGUUCCAGCCCUGUGGCCACAAGUCCUGCAAAGCCUGCAUCAACCAGCACCUGAUGAACAACAAGGAUUGCUUCUUCUGCAAGGCCACCAUUGAAUCUGUAGAGGACUGGGAGAAGGCAGCCAAUGCGAGUGCCACUUCCUCGACCACCUAGGCCUGCCUAGCCCACACAGCAGGUGCCUCCACCCUUGAACCCAGACCCAGGUCAGGCCCUAUUUAUGAGUUCCCCUUGCCCUAGCCCCCAUCACCUCACCACCACAUCCACCCUCCUGGCCUGUGUUUGUAAACUCAUUGGCGGGAGCCCAGCCAUGCCCUAAUUGUGCCUGAAUUUGACCUUCAGUCAGGGCCACAGUGAGCAUUAAAUUAUUAUUCCAUA